UUCAAUUUUUAUAAAAUCAAUUAUCAAAUAUAGAACUAUUUAGCGAAAUACCAAACUAAAUAAAAAUAGCAAUAUAACAUAUUACAAAAAAAGGAAAGGCUUAAACAAAAGGCAAUGACUGAAGUUGUAACUACUGCAAAUCAAAGCAAUUUUUUAUCUAGAUAAGAAAUGCUCUAAUGGAUCAAUGAUAGUUUAAAACUUAAUGAGAAGAAGAUAGAAAAUUUAGGCACUGGAGCUAUUUACUGUCAAUUAUUUGAUUUGGUGUACCCUGGAAAGGUGCAGAUGGUAAAGGUUAACUGGAAAGCAAAGUAUGAAAAUGAAUAUGUUUCAAAUUUCAAGAUUUUAUAGUAAGCAUUUGACAAGAUGAGUGUUAAUAAGCCCAUUGAUGUGAAUAAGUUAAUUAAAUGUAAAUACUAAGAUAAUCUUGAAUUUUUACAGUGGAUGAAAAAAUAUCAUGAUCAAUUUCGUAAAAAUUAAGAUAAGCCUUACGAUGCUAUAGGUAGAAGAAAUGGAUAAGUUUUGAUUGAUAGAGAAUACCCAAAUGAUAAAAUUCCUACUCAUCCUCACUUCUAAGCAAUUAAAGAAUAAGCAAGCAAUAUUUUAGAUAACAGUGUGAAUCAUUCAUCAAAGCAUAAUUUUUCAAGGCAUUCUAAUAAAAAGAGCUAAACUCAUUUUGUACCUUCUGAUUAAGGAAAGCAAAUGAGUCAUUCUUGCUAAUCUUCGAUAUCCAAUUUAUCUAUUGAUAAUGAAUUUAAUCACCUAGACGAAGCAGAUGCAGUUAAACCUUAUCCAUCUACUAAUAAAAUAUAAUCUGACUCUCUAAUAGAAAGACUUAAAGAUGAACGAAAUUUUUAUUUUUCUAAGAUACAGAGUAUUGAUUAAAUGCUAGAUAAUAUUUCAGACAAGAAUCCAAUGACUAUUAACGAUAUUAAAAAAUAUAUUAAAACCAUUCUAUACAGUACAUAAGAUUAAAUUUUAACUAUAUUGGAUGAUGGAACUGUAACUUUGGCUGACAAAUAGCUUAAUAACGUAUCUAUUAAUUAAUUUGAGUCAAUGGAAGGUCUUGAGUAGCUCAAAAAAGAAAUACUCAGUACUGAUUAAUAAAUCAAAAGUAGUGCCAAGAAAAACAAAAAGAAAAACACAAAAACAUAUGAUAACAAUUAAGAAAAUAAAAACACACUUUUAGUGCCUUAACAUUAAUAAAGCGAAACAUUUUCAAAUAGAUCAAAUUAAGGUUUUAAGACCCCAAAAAGUAGUAAAUACUCUUAUGAGCAAUCUCUAUAGCUUGAUGAUUUCACCACAUCAAUAAAUUAAAAUUCCAAUAAUAACUUUAUAACAUUUAACUAAAACAAUAAUAAAUCUCAGUCAAUACAAUCAAAUUUUGCUCAUAAUAAAAAAGAUUCAGAACCAUUAUAUGAAAUUUUUAUAAAUGAAGAAUAAAAUUAAAAAAAUAAAUAAAACGAAAAUUUAAAAAACUAAUCUCAAAGCUCAUAUGGAGAUUUAAUAAAAAUACAACAAGUAUCAGAAAUAUAAUUACCAAAUAACGAUGUGUUUGAACUAAAUUAAAAUCUUCUUGAAAGCUAAGACGAAGACUUACUAGGAAAUUUAGAGUGA